CAACCACCAUCGCUCGCCCGAAUUCGAGAACUACAGCCCCCGCCGUUGGCGCCGCCACUGAAGACGAGACGUAGACCGCGACAAGUUCGCACCCGACCAUACUCGCUCGUCUCUCCCCGGCCAACGUACCACGCACCCACACCGACAGCAGCCCCAAGUCAAGUCCCCUGCCAGCCCGAACGGUCAGUCAGUCACGACCGGGCCCUCGCCUUCAGCAACACUACAGCACAAGGACGACAACAGCCCGUCCUCCAGCACCCCCAGACCGAAAAUAGAACAAGACAAGAAUCCAACAACACAGGAACAAGAAGAACCGCCCAAUAUGUCCUUCGAAGCAGUGAUGCCCCCCUACAACGUGGGCGACCCGACCGCCACCUUCCUCAGCGCCUCGUGCCUGGACUUCCUCCUGAUCGAGCUGGUCCCCAUGGCCUACAGGGUGACCAACGAGCUGGAGGCGUCGGCCUCGUCAGCACAAGGGGCCACGUCAUCAUCGUCAACAGCGGCAGCGGCAGCGGCAGCAGCAGAAAAGGACGUGUCCCCCUCGGCCCCGCGCGCCGCCAUGGACGAGGAGGAGGAGCGGGACGCCGUGUUCUACCGGCUGGAGACGCUGGGGUACCGGGUGGGACAGGGGCUUGUCGAGCGCUUCUCGAGGGACCGCCCGCGCUUCAACGACACCCUCGACGUGAUCAAGUUCCUCUGCAAGGACCUCUGGAUGCUCGUCUUCCGCAAGCAGAUUGACAACCUCAAGACGAACCACAGGGGCGUUUACGUGCUGACUGACAAUGCCUUCCGGCCGUUCUCGAGGAUGAGUACGGAGGCUGGAGGAGGGGCAGUUCAACGGGCCGAGCCAUUCCUAUGGUUUCCUUGCGGGGUUGUUAGAGGCGCACUGGCAGCAAUGGGUGUCAACGCGACUGUACAGGCUGAGACGAACGAACUGCCUGGUGCAGUGUUUCAGAUCAAGACUGUCCCCACGAAAUGAACAAUCUCCCGGGGUCUCAUGGAGUAAUAUGCACCAGCCCCCGUUCCGCUUUCAUCACGUGGGACAGCAGCACAGAUUUACAGCCAUGACACGUCUGCACUUCAUGAAGGGAAUAUGUGGUGUCUGACGGUGUUUAUUUUGAUCGGGCCCGUCUAUGCCCUUUUCCUGAUUCACAUGGAGAAAGAAGAAAUUGGCUCCGUGUCCACGUCAGCUCGAAACAGGCUGCUGACCUCGUUUAUCCGAUCCACGCAUAUCAAGCCGUGACGACUCGACUACCAAGAAGCUUUUUUUUUUCGACCAACUUGCCAACACACUCACAACCUAAGAGAAGGGACAACAGAUCAGCGACUAACUCUUGACUGGUUUCAUUCGCCAAAUCUCGCAAGAUUCACUCUGCCUAGUCGCAUGGGCUGGCCGCGGUGGUUGUUUUGCGUUGUCAAAGAUGAGAAAAAGAUGAAGUUCCAAACAAAAGAGGGCGGAGAAAUAGAGCUGGAAGGGGUAAUCACUUUUGGGGCGAGGCGUUGGCGAAGGCGACACCCUUGUCGAUGUUGCCCUUGAGGCCCUCGAUGGCCUUGGCCAGGAGCUCCUUCUCCUUCGCGGUGAUGUUGCCCAGGGGGUUGAUGGCCUUCUCGGCACCGUUGGGCUAGGACUGGUCAGCACUGUCUCAAGAAACCAGGGCCGGGAUGCACUCACGCCGAGCUCGAUGGGUACGGAGA